CGCAGCCUCUCAGCCAUGUCCAUGGGGACAGUUCAAAAGACAGCUUGUGCCCUGGUGGUUGUGGGUGUUCCGCUUCGCACGGGCAACAGGUACUCGCCCCGGCUGACCAUGCGACGCGUCUUCGAUACCAAGUGCUUUCGCACAGAGCGCUACCGUCAUGAGAUCGGCAAUCACUAUCGCGACUACCAGAUACAGCAGCACCUGCAUCUCCAUCAGAAGCAUCCGCUAGCCCGCCGACACCGCUCCCAAAGAAGGCGUCGUCGACAGUGGUGCAGUGGGGGAGCAGGAUUAGGAUUAGCAGCGGAGGUAUCUAGAAUGUCCAUCUCAUUAGCAGCGCCAACGUAUGCGAAACUGCGCGAUGUGUGGCCCACCCCUGUGCAGUAUUUCCCAAGAUUUGACGAUACGUAUGCAGCCCGUGGACGGGUAACAAUUUGCUCAGGUCAACCGCCCGAAGAGACCUACAAUGACGCAGUGCGCAGAAUUAAGAGUGCCCAACAUUUCGACCAGCUAAAGAAGCUUGUGCAGCUUGGCAGCAUUGGGAAGCGAUAUCGGUGCAACACGAGGACACGCAAUGAUGACGAAGUCAGUGGAGAAGACGACGAAGACGGCAAAGGCAACGGCAACGGCAAUAGCAAUGACAAUGGCAGAAGCAGCAACCGCAGAAGUCACGUCAAUUAUAAUUUAAAUAUUUAUAAUAACCAGGUGGAAAACCUACAACGACACCCCCACAGAGGGGGAGUGGACUUCUACACGUAUUUGCAACUGGCCAGCGGAUAUUACGACAGAGGGUUGAACGCCAACCUCAAGUACUUGGAAUCGAUUGGCCAGCGUAAUGCAAUAAGGCACACGCCGCAAUUGCAAUCGCAGUUCUCUUUGUCGUCGCCUCGCUUGGUAUUGGACACAGUCGACAGUUCGUGGGAGCGGCAAUCAGCAGUUCAGAAGUUGACUGACAGACUGUUUACGCUACUGAAGGGAUUGCAGAGUAAGGCGGCCAGCCAUUCUAAGAAGCGCUGGAAAGGCUUUCCGCCAGAUCCCAUCAGCGUGCAUAUAAGGCCCUUGAAACUAGUAGCAUACGAUUCAAAUGCUGGGGAAGCAGUCGCAGGUGAAUUUAGAUCGGAAAUAAAAAACGCAGCUGGGCUGGCUUCCAGGAUAAUGUGUGAUUUGUAUAAACAGCAUCGUAGCCAGCAGCAGCGUCGUUUAAAGAGCAACAAUCAGAGGAGUACAACAGCGGCACUAACAACAACCACGUUGGAUCAGCUGAAACUUUUCGAGAUCAUCGAUAACUUAAGCCACCUCAGCUUGAGCGAUAGUAUAGGUGUCGAUAGUCCACAGCUCAGACUACCGCAAAUCACGCUUACCGACUGCACCCACAAGGUGGCGCAUUACAGCGCGAGUUUUAAUAUUGCCGCCAGCCAAUCAUUUGCAGGUAGCCAUAGAAGCCAGACCGCCAACAUAACCAACAAAACAGAUACGAUACUUAACUAAAAAUACAAAACAAAGGUGGGCUGGGCAAA